AUGGAUGCACCGCACGAUGCUCAACCUCAACCACCUCAAGAGGACGUCUCAGUGGAGCCGGGCGACAACGACGAAGUCAACGACACCCCAGCUCAACUGGAACCAGUUGCAGUUCCGGUAAUACGUCAACCUGAAUAUCGCCCACUCAAUAAGCCGAGGAUUCAAAGGGACGAGAGUGAGAAUAUCGAGUUAAUGCAUAGGAAGCUGAACAGAAUCCUAGGAUGGACUGACGAGAUCCAGUCCAUCAAAAAUAGGAUUGGCAGCAUUUUAGGACUACUACAUAUCGUCGACCAACGAACAAUCGAAAUGAAGGUUAUACUUGAUCGCACAAUUGAUGGAUUAGAGCAAGUGUACACCAACAACGAACAGUUCUCAACGAACUACGAGAACAAGCCGACUUCCUCCAAAGGCUCGCCGCCCAGCCGCUUCGCUCCGCGUCGCCACCACCUGGCCCCAGCGGAGCGGAGCGGAUCAGCGCCUUCGUUGCGCAUUCUGUGA